AUGUCUUUGUCAUCAGCAUUCAAAUCGCUUAGGCCAUGGUCGACUGAAUCCAUUCAAAAGAGGGCAAGUCAUCCACAGAUGGGCUUGGAGACAAAGAUCAGUAAAUCAGCCAAGUCGCUGACUGGCUUCAAUGGUGCAAUAACGGUUACCGUGGGCACGGUAGAUCUCGAUGUCUACUCCCCACCUAUAAUCAACUUGCAAACGUUCAUGGUCAUUGAUGAAGUCUCACCCUAUAAUGGAAGUCUGGGCAGAACAUACAUAGGCAAGAUCAAGGUCAUCACCUCAACCACACAUCAGAAAAUUCGCUACCCAAUCCCUGAGGCGGUGUCGGCCAGAUCAACAGCGAUUAGGCAGUGGUGA